GAGAGAGACAGUGGCACCGAGGGCGCCGGGAGGGACUGCCUGAGCGCAGUGCUCGGCGUGAGGGGAGGGAGGGGGAAAUUAAAAAACCAAAACCAAACCCCCAAAAUUUCAAAUAUUUAAAUUUAAACAAAAAAGUGAGAGAGGUGUAGAAGGAGAGUGCUUCAACUUUUUCUCUCUCUGCCCAGCAAGGAACAUUUCAUCAAUACACAGCUGGGUAGUUUGAGCCUUGACUGAAUUUAUGGCCUUCUGAUGCAGGUGUUCAGAAGUUUUAAACAACUUUGCAGCAAGGCUUCACAAACUCUUAGCUGCAUCCUUUAAUCAUGACCGCAUUUCAAAUAGGUUAAAAGGAAUCUGAGAAGAUCAUGGGGAAUUCAUAUGCAGGGCAACUAAAAUCUGCCCGUUUCGAAGAAGCUCUUCAUAACUCCAUAGAAGCUUCUCUGAGAUGCAGCAGCGUUGUCCCACGGCCAAUCUUCUCACAGCUGUACCUGGAUCCUGACCAGCCUCCUUUCCUGCCGGAAGAUGUGAAACCAAAGGUAGAAGAGUUGGAUAAAGAGUUAGUACAUCGCUAUUCACAAAAUGGAAACCUGGACUUUUCUACCAACCAAGCUGUUAAUGAAAUGGAAGAUGAAGAGGAUGAAGACAUGUCAGAUUCAAGUAGUCCACCAAUCCCAUACUCGCAAAAACCUGCCCCAGAAGGGUCUUGCACUACUGAUGGUUUUUGUCAAGCAGGCAAGGAUUUACGGUUAGUAUCUCUGUGCAUGGAGCAAAUUGAUAUCCCAGCAGGCUUCCUGUUAGUAGGAGCCAAAUCUCCCAAUCUUCCUGACCACAUUCUAGUCUGCGCUGUUGACAAGAGGUUUUUGCCAGAUGAUCAUGGAAAAAAUGCACUUUUAGGAUUUUCUGGGAAUUGUAUAGGCUGUGGAGAAAGAGGAUUUCGGUACUUCACAGAGUUUUCCAAUCAUAUCAACCUGAAAUUAACCACUCAGCCAAAGAAGCAGAAGCACUUAAAGUACUACCUAGUAAGAAGCUCCCAAGGUGUACUGUCAAAGGGACCCCUUAUUUGCUGGAAAGAAUGUAGAAGCAGGCAAUCAUCUGCUGCUAGCCUCCCUGCUAAACCAAAUCCUUCGGUGUCACCGUCCACGACCCCAGAGGGUGGAUCAGCUAAUGGAUACAAGUCAGGGUUCACUCAGACAGAUUCUUCAGUGUUCAGUCCAGCAAAAUCAUCAUCUUCUGCUGUUAACUUAAGUGGAGCACAGGACCCAUCCCGGAACAAGAAUAUUGUGAAACCUCUGGCUCUGUCAGUACAGCUCGUAGGAAAGGCAUUUGCUGCAGCUCCUCUUUCACUGCGUGCCACGGAUGUUGCUAAUGGAAACGCUAAUGGAGGAAGAAAUAAUGCAUUGAGUACUACAGUCUCUCGGCCAAUGCCUCACUCAACAUCCCCAAGUCCUGGCUGUGCAGCUGGAGAUCAAGCAUCUAUGUCCAGUUCUGGACCACCAAAGAAACGUCACCGAGGAUGGUCUCCUGGGUCCCCAGUCCCGCCUCCUGGUUUAGCAGUACCUGUUCCUACAAUCCGGCCUUCGACAAGAACAGAGCCUCUUUUGUCAGUCCCAGUUCCUCAAUCCAUGUUAACUGGAAUUUUACAGCCUCAACCCAUCCCAGCAGGGGAGACUGUAAUAGUUCCUGAAAACCUGCUGAAUAACUCAGGAGUCAGACCAGUGAUUCUGAUAGGCUAUGGCACUUUACCUUAUUUCUAUGGAAAUGUUGGUGAUAUUGUUGUAAGUCCCUUGCUGGUGAACUGCUACAAGAUUCCACAGCUGGAAAACAAGGAUUUGGAUCUCUUGGGUUUGUCCAGCAGUCAGCUGCUAAGUGUGGAGAAUAUGAUACUUUUAACUAUUCAGUAUCUUGUCCAACUAGGACCUGACCAGAUACCCCUGAGGGAAGAAUUUGAGCAGAUCAUGUUGAAAGCUAUGCAGGAGUUCACUCUGAGGGAGAGAUCCUUGCAAAUGAGUGCACAGUGUAUCUCUGUGUCACCAGGUCAACUCCCUUGGCUUGCCAGGUUAAUUGCCAGUGUGUCUCGGGACCUCGUGCACGUGGUUGUCACCCAGAAUUCCCUGGCAGAGGGCAUCUCGGAGACCUUGAGGUCUCUCAAUGAAAUGAAACAUCAGCAAAAGCUACCAGAUUAUGUAGUUGCCAUUUGUGCAUCAAAGAUUAGAGGAAAUGAAUUCUGUGUAGUGGUUCUAGGUCAGUAUCAAUCUCGGGCGCUUGCAGAGAGCAUGCUUACCACCAGUGAAUUUUUAAAAGAGAUCAGUUAUGAGCUCAUCACAGGGAAAGUUAGUUUCCUGGCAUCACAUUUCAAAAAUACAUCUUUAGGUGAUGAUUUGGACAAGCUGCUGGAGAAGAUGCUACAGCAGCGAGGGGAAAGUGUCAUUAUUCCUUUUAAUGGAGAUGUUAGUGAGUGUGUGUCAUCUCAGGAGGCAAUUGCCAUGGUUUCUACACAAGAACCAGAUUUGGAUGUUGAUACCUUCCAAAUUUACCAGCCACAGCUCACAGUUGCCAGAAAGCUCUUGUCCCAGGUUUGUGCUAUAGCGGACAGUGGCAAUCAGAGCCUGGAUCUGGGCCACUUCAGCAAGGUGGACUUCAUCGUUAUCGUGCCCCGCUCGGAGGUGCUGGUGCAGCAGACCCUCCAGCGGAUUCGACAAUCAGGUGUGCUUGUGGACUUGGGCCUAGAAGACAAUGGGACAGCCUAUCAGAGAGCUGAGAAGUACGUGGUUCGGCUGGACAAUGAGAUUCAAGCUAAAUUUGAGGUUUUCAUGAGGCGAGUGAAGCAGAACCCCUACACGCUCUUUGUGCUGGUUCAUGACAAUGCCCACGUGGAUUUAACAAGUGCCAUUUCAAGUUCCCUGUCCCAUGGUGAGCCUAAUCAUGGUCUGGCUGAUAGAGUUAUUAAUUGCAGGGAGGUGCUUGAAGCGUUCAACCUCCUUGUUCUUCAGGUCAGCUCUUUCCCUUAUGCCCUGCAAACGCAGCAGUCCAGGAUCAGCUCUAGCAAUGAGGUACAUUGGAUACAAUCUGACACUGUGGAUGAUGCAGCAAGUGAAGAAAAGCUAUACUUUGGUUUGAAUGAAUACAGCAAAUCCCUCCAAUGGGGAGUCACAAGUCCCCUUUUGAGAUGUGAUGAAACCUUUGAAAAAAUGGUCAACACGCUUUUAGAAAGGUACCCCCGGCUGCACAGCAUGGUGAUCCGCUGCUACCUGCUCAUUCAGCAGUAUUCCCAAGCUCUGAUGGCCCUCACCACCAUGGCCUCUCUAAGGGAUCACAGCACACCUGAAACACUCAGCAUAAUGGACGACCUCAUCACAAGUCCGGGAAAGGAUAAGAACGGCUGUGGCCACAUGCUCGUCAUUCGGGUGCCGUCGGUGCAGCUGGCCAUGCUGGCCAAGGAGAGGCUGCAGGAAGUGAGGGACAAGCUGGGGCUGCAGUAUCGUUUUGAAAUCCUCCUUGGGAAUCCUGCCUCGGAGCUCACUGUCGCGAAACACUUCGUGACACGGCUCAAGGCUUGGAGGGGCAAUGAGCAGGAUGACUGGAUUCCUCGCACCUAUCAGGAUCUGGAAGGUCUACCUUGCAUUGUUAUUCUCACUGGCAAAGACCCUCUGGGAGAGACUUUCCCCAGGUCGUUGAAAUACUGUGACCUUCGACUAAUUGACUCCAGCUACUUAACUCGUACUGCGUUAGAGCAAGAGGUAGGCCUGGCAUGCUGCUACGUCUCCAAGGAGGCAAUUCGAGGGCCUAUUGUAGCUCUUGACCUCAGCGAGAAGGAGCAGGAGAAGGCAAAUGGCAGCGAGAAUGACUCUGAUGAGCUGCUGAUAGACUUGGACCGGCCCCAGAGCAACAGCAGUGCUGUCACCGGAACCUCAGGCUCCCUGGCUGACAACGGUGUGAGCUCCUCGAGUGCUGCAGACAAGUCUCAGAAGCAGGCUCCAUCCCUGAACUUCCAGGCUGUGGCUCACAGCUCAGUAGACGAGGGAGCUUACUCCAGUUUUACAGCCAGAGAGACCCUGAAACAAGAGUGUGACUCGCUGGGUAACCAGAUGGCGAGCAGCACCACUCCCAAGCUCUCCUCCCUGUCAUCAGUCUCCCAGACCUUUCAGUGGCCUGCCCAGUCAGCCAAGGACAGCAAGGCCCUCCGUGUGGCGCUGCCACGCAUCGUCAUCCUAUCCAAAGCUGCCUACUGCCUCCUGAGCUCGCAGAAAAACGGGAACUUGCCUUCCUCCUCCUCCCUCCUGCCGCACGCUGACGUGUCUUGGCUGAGCUCCCUGAGGCCUCUGCUCCACAAGGACAUGAGCAGUGAAGAGCAGUCUCUGUACUACAGGCAGUGGACGACAGCCCGACAGCACCACGCGGACUUCAGCAAUCAGGCUGAGCCGUCUGGCACCAGGACCUUCCACCCCCGGCGCCUGCUUUUGACAGGGCCACCACAA